AUGCAUCCAGAAAACACUCUCAUAACACAUACUGAUCUCUCCAAAAUCAAAAUUCUAAGGGAUAUUUCACACUCCGAAGCGUCUUCAAUAUUUGAGGUAGAGCUGGAUGGACAGAUAUACGCAUUGAAACUUUUGCACAACGACGGCGACCCUGGAUAUACCGAGAAAGGACGUGAUCUAAAACCGAUUUCGCUGCGAAUCGAACGCAUACGAGAAGCUCUUUGCUUAUGGCGUCUGCGAGCGGGGCAUUGUUCCAAAAUUCUACGGCUCCAUCAACGAAGUGGAUCCGGCUGCUUUUCAUUCUGCUUUCAUCUUGCUUUUCAUCAUGUUGUUCAACAUUUCGCCCGCGACAAGUUAAAGCCAAGCGCAAUAUUGCUAGAAUAUCUCCCAAAUGCAGAGUGCCUGAAUUGUGUGAAUUACUCAGAUGCGCUUUAUGCUCACGCACCUGAGGGUUUGAAGGAGAUACACAGUGCUGGCGUUCAUCAUCGAGAUAUCUACCCCAGAAACAUGCUCCUCGUUCAUGGAAACACCGAUAGGCUGGUCUGGAUUGAUUUCGAUGUUGCAACGACCUUCACAGACCCUGGAACUGAACAGAAGGCCCGCAGCGACUAUGAAAUUGCACUUGUGAAGGGACUUGGCGAUGCAUUGGCAAGGGCUCCGUCUUUACCUAUGAAUGUAUCCAACAUGCUGACUCACAAAUAUAGAGAGAAGACCAGGCUGAAGGACUCCCCCCAAACACAAAAUUUUAUUAAGGGGUUUGAGGGCUCUUAA